UGCGUGUUCCAUAACAUUCAAGAUGGCGACCACUUUUGGCUGGAAAAAGAAAACUCCUCAUAAUUUAUCUCGAAAACGAGCUGCUGCAUUUAUUGAAAGUGAGGAAAACGGGGAAGAUUCUUCUGAAAAGGAAGAAGAGCAAAGUUCGAGUUUGUUGUGUAAGCGAUCACAAACCAAGGAGAGAGUAGAGGACAAAGAGUCGACGAGCAAGAGGUUGACCAAAGAGGGCAUUGCUUUUGCUGAACAAAAAAGAUACUCUGAAGCAAUACGAAAAUGGAAUGAUGCACUCACUUUAAUUCCAAAUGACGAAAAACUUCAUGAAAUGAAAUCUCAGGUAUUCUUACAUUUAGAUAAAACAUUUGAAGCAAUCAAGUCAGGCGAAAAGGCAGUGGAGUUAAAUCCUAGAUGGCCUGUUGGAUAUCAGUCACUUGGACGAGCUCAGCUUAAAUUUGGAGAGUUUGAUUUGGCAGUCAAGAAUUUCUCUAAAGCAUUUCACCUACGACCAGAUGAUUUAGAACUACUGAAGGAAGACCUGAUUUGGUCAGUUAAAAUACGAGAAAAAGCAAGAACACAUGACAAACUUAUGGCAGCAAAGGAAAACACAUAAAGUGGUGCAGCACAAGCUAUAUGAAUGACAUUCACAUGUCGGUAAUUUAGUGAAAAAAGUAAGACUUCAAGUCACUGUUGGGAGACUGCGAAGCUACAAGACAAAUAGGAACUCUCUCUGCUUUCAAAAUAGAAAGCGUGAAGACAGUUCAGCACAGCUAGAACUACUAGAUUACUUGUUUUAGAACAAAUUCCUUUAAGAAGACACAAAAACUGAUAUAAAUAUCAUGAAUGCAUUGAAUCAUACAGUUAUAAAAUAUUACAAUGUGUUUCUUUCCAAAAAUCAAAGAAUAGAACAAUAUUUAUUAGAAUGUCUACAAGCAUUUAUUGGUUGUUCUCAAUAGGAAACUUGCAUGUCACUCAGGGUUUGGAUACUCUUCUAAUUUACGAAGCAAAGAAGUGAUGUUUGAAGCAAAUUCUUUACAUUCAGGUUUGACACCUGCAAGCUUAACCUCUGCAAACAUUGGAUGGGGAGGUUGAGGUACUUGAGGACAAAACAUGUUGUUGAGAAUAAGCCACAUAACAUCUGGUUCCAAAGUGAAAAAUAUCUCAAAUAUCUGCAAAGCAAUCUAAAGACAAAAUAUUUCAUGAAUGUUUGUUUGCCUUUUACAAUCAAAAUAAACCAUUAAUAGUUUCAUUAUUCGCAUAUUGCAAUGUAUUAUUCUUUCUGAGAUUAUGAAGACUCAGAAUCAACAUUAAUAUCAUAUAUCUUCUAAUAAUACAAUGCUAAGAAUU